UGAAGGCUUGCCGCGAAUUUCAACCAGUUCAAACUGUUUAGGCGCGCGCGGCAGCAUAAAGCUGGUCUGGGAGACUUUUAAAAAUUAUAUUGUUUAUUGUUUCUUGUUCUUGUUUAUUUAUUUAAGUGUCUGUUACAAUAAUGGCUACUCCUCCCAAGAGAUUUUGUUCAACCUUUGACGCUGACCUCAGUUUCGAAAAAAGGGCAUUGAAAAUCUCAAUAGAGGGAAACAUUGCGGCAGGGAAGUCAACUUUUGUGCGUUUGUUGGAGCGGGCGUCAGAAGAGUGGGAGGUCAUACCAGAGCCCAUUGGGAAGUGGUGCAAUGUACAAACAACAGAGAACGAGUAUGAGGAGCUCAGCACGUCUCAGAAGAGUGGAGGCAACCUGCUGCAGAUGUUAUAUAACAAGCCCAGUCGCUGGUCUUACACUUUCCAGACCUACGCCUGCUUGAGUCGCGUCCGUGCACAGCUUCAGCCUCCUUCUGCCAAACUUCAGCAGGCAGAGCAACCGGUCCAGUUCUUUGAGCGCUCUGUCUACAGCGAUCGGUAUGUGUUCGCCUCUAACCUCUUUGAGUCUGGAGAUCUGAAUGAGACCGAGUGGGCCAUUUAUCAAGACUGGCAUUCAUGGCUCCUCACUAAGUUUGAGUCCCAGAUUGAGCUUGAUGCCAUGAUCUAUCUUCGUGCUGAUGCCGAGAGGUGUAUGCAGCGUCUUCAGUUCAGAGGACGGGAGGAGGAACAAGGGAUUCCCCUGGAUUACCUGGAGAAGCUGCAUUAUAAGCAUGAGUGUUGGCUGUACAAUAAAACCACAAAGUUGGAUUUUGAGUAUCUUAAAGACCUUCCAAUACUGCUGCUGGAUGUUAAUGAGGAUUUUAAAAAUGACAGAAUUAAGCAAGAAGAUAUUAUUGAUAAGGUGAAGAAGUUUUUAAGCACCCUCUAGCCUACAAAUAUACAUUGAUUUGUGUCAAUCAUGGAAAUUAAUCGAUGUGGUCAAAUUAAUGAAUUUGUGAUUUAAUUAUUUUUUGUAGCUGAUUUUAUAUUUGGCUUGUACAUAUUUAUUUUGUUGUAUAUUAAAACACUUCUUACAAAA